AUGGACACUCCAGCAAUCCCAAUGCCGCGGGAUCCCCGCGAACAGGAUAUCCUACAGAAGCUAACGAUGAUUCGAGAUCGUCUACUGCUUCUUAAGCAAGAUCGUACAAACUACAUUCGAACUCAGGAUGUUAUGCCCUUGUUCGAUGAGACCAUGGACCAGGUCAAGGAUUUGACUGUCGUACGGGCGGAGACAGGCAUCAAAGAGGAGAACAGAUUGGACAAGGUCCUAGAAAGCUGUUUCCAAUUGCUUUCCCUAUUCUACCUUACUAUCGGACGAAACAACGAGGCGCCAGCGACCUACGCUAUGACAUCAACCGUUAAGCGACUCCUAGAUCACCUUAACGAAGCCGAACUCUACUCCGCCAAAGAUCUUGGAAGCAUUAAGACAACGCUCGAGGAUCUAUCCAAAAACAUUCGCGACGCUGCUAGUGACCCGUCCCCCGACAAGCGACACCCUCCUUACAUGCUCACACUGCUUGAGAACCGUGUCGAACUGUGCAACUCGACCCUAUCAAGACUCCAAAAGCGACUGGACAGAUUACCGGAUUAUCUUCUGGAAGCUCACGAGAAGCUCAUUUCGAUCUUGCGAUCGAUUUCGCUAGCCAACACCAAGUCCAAGUUUUCGACAUCCGAGGUUAAGAAGCUACGGAACCAAAUCUUGGAAAUUGGUGAAAAGCACAAUGGUGGAACGUUUACUGCGGAAGACGGUGCUUUGGAGGAGGGUGGAGAAGUAGUCCGAGACUUGUACAACCGCUGUGUCCGCUGGUCGGAUCUAGUUCUUGAGAGGCAAGGAGAGGUGGCUGAUCAAUGGCGACCAAUCUACGACGCCCUCAUUCACAUUCGCAACGAUCUCGAGAAACUUUCCCUCACACAAGCAUGGUCACUCCGAGAGACCGACCUGUACGAUUUCCAACGACAACUCGACAGAAUUGACGAGAGCCGAGGAGACAAUGGUAACUGGGUGGACGACCGGGGGCGAUCCGCAGACCUUUGGACUCAGCGAACUUUCCUCUACCUCAUCCGACGAUCAUACGCCUACAUUUACUCAUUCAUGCUGGCAUCUGAACCAGUGUCUGAAGCUCUGUUGCCUGUCUACAAUCAGUUGCAGACACUGAAGCGAUGUUUGAUCGAGGUCAAGAACAACGGAGGUGUUUCAUCAGUGCGAGAGCUUUACCCUUACAGCAUGAAGCUCAACUCCCUCGACAACAUGAAAGUGGACGGCAAGUUUGUGGUGAACGGUGAUAUCCCCGAAGGACAAGGCAGUGUUACAGAGCUAUUGCACGAGUGCUUUGAUCUCAACUACGAGCUGAGAGUUGCCGCUGAAGAGGCAAACAGCAACGAAGAUUAG